AACACAGCCUGUAAACAUUCACACGAUACUCUUUCUAUUUUCUAUUACACCAAACCAACAAUUGAUUGAUUCUCUCUCUCCAACUUUCCCUCGCCCUAACACAUUCAAUCAUUCCUCCCACUACCCUCUCAAUUUUUGUCUCCUCAAGAACCCUAAUUUUUCUCUCCUUUUUCCUUCAAUUUCUUCUCACUUUUUUGAAUUUUUGUUCUUUUUUGUAGGUUUCAAUUUAGGGUUCCAGUUUUAGUAAUUUUCUUCAGAUCAAAAGCUCGUCACUCGAUUUGAAUUUUUCAAACAAUCACACUGUUCUGUUUGUUUGUUGGAAUUUGUGAUUUGGGGAUAAUUAUGUACGUUAGUUAGGGUUAAGCAUUAUUAAGAGUUUGGAUUUGGAGUGUAGCUUUGCCGGAUUUUUUGAAUUCCGGCGAAAAUGGCGACUGAUUUACCGAUGAAUCCUCAGAUGGAGCAGAUCCAUGGCGAAAUUCGCGACAAUUUUCGAGCUCUUGCCAAUGGUUUUCAGAAAUUGGACAAGGUCAAAGACCCAAAUAGACAAAGCAAGCAGCUGGAAGAACUUACAGGGAAGAUGAGGGAGUGUAAAAGAUUAAUUAAGGAGUUUGAUCGGGAAAUUAAAGACGAGGAGGCCAAAAAUCCGCCUGAAGUCAACAAGCAACUCAAUGAUGAGAAGCAGUCUAUGAUCAAAGAGCUAAAUUCAUUUGUGGGCUUAAGGAAGACAUAUAUGAGUAGCCUUGGCAAUAAGAAGGUAGAAUUGUUUGACAUGGGAGCAGGAACCAGUGAACCAACAGCUGAAGAAAAUAUUCAGAUGGCUUCAUCAAUGACAAAUCAAGAGCUUAUUAAUGCUGGGAAUAAGACUUUGGAUGAGACUGAUCAGGCCAUUGAGCGCUCUAAACAGGUAGUUGCACAAACUGUUGAGGUCGGAACUGAAACUGGAGCUAAAUUAAAGGGUCAAACUGAUCAAAUGGGUCGUAUUGUUAAUGAGCUGGAUACUAUUCAAUUUUCACUCAAGAAGGCAUCUCAGUUGGUGAAGGAGAUUGGUCGGCAGGUUGCCACUGACAAGUGUAUCAUGCUUUUUCUCUUUCUUAUCGUCUGUGGUGUCAUAGCCAUUAUUGUUGUGAAGAUUGUGAAUCCAAACAACAAAGAUAUUAGGGACAUUCCAGGAUUAGCACCUCCAGCCCCUGCAGCAAGAAGGCUCUUGUAUGUGAAAGCUGAACAUUUCGGAUAGAUUGCUGCCAUUGGAUUCUUCCACACUUCAGUUUGGAUUAUUGGUUCCAUUCCCCUAUAGUUUGUGCAUAUCGAGUUUGUGUCAUUUGUAAAUCAUGUUGAGGAGAUUUUUGUUUAUCCUUUUGGCAGUCGCAUUCUCCUCAAAAGCAACGGCUUUCAAGAUCAUUGUAUCCACAUUCAGGUUAUUUUGCUGUCAAUAUUUUAUCCUGUGUGUAAUAGUAAGCCACUCAACAUUUAGAGGAUGCAGUAAAUGUGUGUUCAUUCUUUAUACAUUUGUGUUGAUAUGCUUUUUCUCUGUCACAUUUUUUAUAUUCCAAUAGAUUGAUUGGAAA